UCCACCAGUCGCGCUACAGUUUGACGUCAACAAUAUUUCUAGGAUGUUCGUCGGCGGGUCAAAUGCUGCAGCCCGUCAGUUCGAUUGCAUCAGUUAGAAGGUAUCUAGAAGCGGAAUUUCCCUCGACGGGGAGCAUGUAUCGGCUCAGAAGCCUUCCGACGGUUCAAGGCGUGAGAACGAGCGUAGGAGAUACUCGCACCCUAAAGUAAGGUUCUAUAAACAAGUGGCAGUGGACAAGUUUGUGACGUAUCGAAUGGCAGAUUAUGAGCGUAUUGAAAAGUGUCAUCAUCACGUUGCCUAAGGGGCUGCCGAAGGCGGCUGGAAUCAUACCUGGCAACAACUUAUCAAAAUCCAUUGCAAAAUUGAAUUUCUCCACUGCGGUGCUGUCGGAUAAAUUGAAAAUGGAACCGAAGAGAUUCGCUAAACACGAAAAUAUGCAAGACGAGAGCGCGAUAUUCAAGUCGGACUCCUGUGUGCGCGGAAAGAAACGGCGGUUGGAUCACUUGACAUGGGAGGAGAAGCUACAAAGAAAGAAGCUAAAAAAUAGGGUAGCGGCUCAAACUUCCAGAGAUCGGAAGAAAGCGAAAUUGGACGAACUAGAAGACACCGUGAAAACAUUGCGAGAACAAAAUGAAUUAUUAACACAAGAGUGUACGAUGCUAAGGUCGCAAAACGAUUUGUUGGUCACUGAAACGAAACGACUGAGGAAGGAGAAAGAUGUGAAGAAUUCUGGAGAAUUGAUCUGCUCGUUGUGUCAAGGCCGUGUGGGCUGUGCUGUUUCCUCGCUGGGAUCUACAGUGUCCCCCAAUCACCCUCUGCCGCAGGGUGGAGCAACACAGCUGGCACAGUCUCUGACACUAACCCCAGGAGCAUCAAUUCUUCUGAAGAUAUUGACCAUUUAUCUCCUCUUGAAGAAUUGUUUGGUGACCUCCAAGGGGAUGACUACAUCGAACGACUUGAAGAACUUGCAGAGAGUCUUCUGCGAGAGGUUACCACAGAAGUGGAAACAAAUCCUCAUAGAACAAAUGAACAAGUGUCAGUCAAGGAAGAUACCGCUAAGAAACGUGAUAAUUCAGAAAGAGUGGUGGGGCAGACAUCAGAAAAUGUGGAAACCGGUCGAACCUGGAAGCUUGACCGCCUACCAACCAUGGCAUCCUGUUGCCAGCACAGUUAGCACACCUUGUACACGUAACGCAAACACACCUGUUUCAAUCAAGUCCGAGGUCGAAGUCAAAGAAGAAGUUGACGCGCAUGACUUGGACACAGUUUACGGCACCUACGACGAGACUACAAAUUCUAUAACGAUCAUUUACCCGGGCGAGGAAAACGGCGUUGGUAUUCAAGAGUGUGUUCAAGAAGUGAGUACCGACGACGUUUGCUCGAUCGAGGACUCGUCGUACUUCACAUCGAACUGUUACUAUUCCAAUAAUCAGUUUUCACCGUCUUACACGUGCACGGACACCAUGUCGCCAUCGAGUAUACAUUCCGAAGACAUAGACUCGGGUUUCAUGCAAGCGAAACUGGAUUCGAACGCGUCCGACUGCGGCUACGAAUCUCACGAUUCUCCAGCACCCGAUAUUAGAAACGAGAAGAACAACCUGGCCCUCGCGGAUCUCUGGCACGAAAGCUUUUCCGAGCUGUUCCCCACGUUGGCCUGACACUUUCGGCGCAUUAACAAGACGGCGAACGCUGGAUCGUCUUUGCUCAGUCUGUGAUACAACUUAAAGUGGAGCUUACGGAUGACAAGAAUAUCUGUUUCAUUUUUUAAUUGACAAUUUGUAUUUGAGACUUGUAUACGUAUUAUAUAUAUAUAUAUAUAUAUAUAUAUAUAUAUGGAUCUAUAUAUAUAUCUCGUUUUUUCUACGGUAAAAAACCAUAAUAGCAUAAUAUUUGUAACACGAUAUAGAACACAUUCUAAAAUACGUAGCCGGUCCGUACUAUCGAACGUACAUACGAUUACAUAUUUAUUUUUCUAUAUGUAUCGCUAAUCAUUUAGUUUGUUUUGUAAAAGACAUGAACACCCAGUUUGACGAGUCGUCAUUGAAAUUUUGAAAACACGUUUAUCUUAAUGAUCGAUUGUUAAUGUAUAUAUAAUAAUUAUUAGAUGUUUACUAGCGAGGUAACAAGUGGUGUACUGCUGUGCAACAGCAUGUCGAAUAAACAAAUCUAAAGACAAAA